GAGAGAGGGAUAUAUAUGACUUCAAAUCAGGCAAGAAAAGGAGAGAAAAGGGAACAAAAGAAACACGUAUAUUAGAUGAGAAAAGAAGAUCGUGAGUGAACCGAACAACCUUCGCGAAAGACCUCGUAUAUAUCCCUCCUCUCGCAAUACCACAGCGAUGGCACCACCUCUAUGACACAUUCCAAAAACCCAACCCAGAAGCGACCGUCUGUCCAGACCCGGGGGCCCAUCGCCGUAUCCCAGCUGAAGCAAACGAGAGUGGUCAGAGGAAUGCCAGACCACCCAACCAUGUCACCAACAAACGGCCCUCAUCCCGUACGACCCCGGGCAGCAAGGAAACAGAACGGACUGGCCCGACCUCGCGAUCGAUCGGUCGGAUCGGACCUGUCAGCGACAGCCAGCGGCCCUUGCAGACUGGCGUGGCGGUGUGCCGACAGGGAUGCCGGCGCCGUCGGAGCGGAUACGUGCAGCGCGCGGCAUUUCUGGCGGACAGCUGGGCCGGGCUGGUUGGCACUGGACACGGUCGUUCCUACCCAUGGGGUCGUAUUGCUGGGGGGGGGAUGGGUUGCAGUCUGGCAAUCGGAGAAAUUCAGGAUGUGAGACACCGUUGGGGCGGUCUGUGCGUGCCGGGUGUUGUCUGCAGACGGAAUAUUGGCGAUGAAUAAGACUGGAACCGGAUACUGAAGAGGUUGACAGCCGUCGGGAGUGGACCGAGUAGGUACCUAAUCGCACCUCCUUCCCUCAACUUCUCUUCACAUUCUUGGUGCCUCGUCUACAAUGCGCUCCGGAUGUUUCAGUGAUGGAUAGCCAAUAAUCAUCGGGCCCAAUCCAGGCAAAUAUAUAU